CCUGCUGGCUGCAAGGUGAAGAUUUGGAUUGCUGAUUGGUUUGCUCAGCUAAACAACAAAAUGGGAGGCGACUUGAAGAAAAUUCAAACAGUUGGACGUUAUUUAAUUGAGAUAUGGAAGGCAGUUGGUAUGGAUCUUGAAGGAGGUAAAGUAGAAUUUUUAUGGUCUUCAGAGGAAAUUAACUCUAGAGCAUCUGAGUAUUGGCCUCUUGUAAUGGAUAUAGCUCGUAGGAACAAGCUCCCCAGGAUAAUGAGGUGUGUUCAAAUAAUGGGUCGCAGUGAGCAAGAUGAGCUGACAGCAGCCCAGAUACUUUAUCCAUGCAUGCAGUGCGCUGACAUAUUUUUUCUGAAGGCUGACAUUUGUCAAUUGGGCAUGGAUCAACGAAAAGUUAAUGUACUUGCAAGAGAAUACUGUGAUGACAUCAAGAGGAAAAACAAGCCGAUCAUUUUAUCUCAUCACAUGCUUCCAGGUUUGCAGCAAGGGCAGGAAAAGAUGUCAAAAAGUGAUCCAUCUUCUGCCAUCUACAUGGAAGACGAAGAGGCGGAAGUAAAUGUGAAAAUAAAGAAAGCAUACUGCCCUCCAAAGAUUAUUGAAGGCAAUCCUUGUCUAGAAUAUAUCAAAUUCAUUAUCAUCCCAUGGUUUAAUGAAUUUAAUGUGGAGCGAAGUGUGGAAAAUGGUGGAGAAAAGACCUAUAAAAGCUUUGAAGAACUUGUUGCUGAUUAUGAAAGUGGUGAUUUGCAUCCUGGUGACCUGAAACCUGCUCUGUCUAAAGCAAUAAAUGAGAUACUGCAGCCUGUGCGUGAUCAUUUCAAGAAUGACGCUAAUGCUAAGGAUCUGUUGAAACGGGUUAAGGGAUAUAGAGUAACAAGAUAAUCAAGAACAUGAACAUCAUCUGUGUUAGCUACAAUUGGCCACGACUCCUUUAGUGUUACAAGGUUUUAGUUUUGUGCUUUUUAGUGAUUGGUUUAGAUUUCACAUUUUGACUCUAUUUAGCCUUUAAUUCUUCACUAUAUUUAUAAUGUAAGAAUCAUUGUAUAAACAUCUAUUAAAAUUAUAGUCGGGAUUAAAAAUAAUUAAAUAUAGAAUAGGGGAAAAUUUAUUUUGUUA